UCUAUAUAGCUCAUGCAAACAUUGUAGAACGUAUCACCGACAUUUUCAAAUUGCCCGAAGUUCGACUCGAUUGAAACCAAAUUAUUGUCAAUCUAUUUAGUCAUUUCAGUCAUGGCUGUCAAGAUGUGCCUGAUAUUUUUAGUUCUAGCCUUCAUUGCUAGUGUUAACGGAAGCUCUGCUGAUGAUAUGGUAAUGAUCAGCUACAAUUGGGCUCACCAAGAUGUUGCAUUGAGUCUCUACCACAAUCUAACGGCGAAUGGAGUCAAUACCUGGAUUGAUGUCUACAACAUGUCAUCUGCGAACAACCUCGCUCAAGCUAUGGGUGAGACGAUCGAAAGUGCCAAAAUGGUUCUCAUCUGCUUUUCUGAAGCCUACCAGAAAAGUUUGAAUUGUCAACAUGAAGCUUUGUAUGCUUUCGACCUGAAGAAACCGUUGGUGUUCGCGAAGUUUCAAGAAGAUUUCACGCCGACUGGUUGGCUGGGAUUCAUUCAAGCCUAUCACCAGUAUUACAGUUUCUACAACGGGGCCGACUUUGAUGAAAACUUUGAUAAGCUGCUGCAGAAUAUCAAAAAAGGAGAAGAAAUGUUUUUGGAAGAGUUCGAAUAACAUGAAAGUUUCAAAAUACAAAUUUAAAUACUAAGAUAUAGAUAUAUAUUUCAAAUUGUGAAUUAAUGAAUCUAAUUAGAAUUAUCGAUCCGGAAACAUUUUAUGAUGAUUGAUAAAGAAGUUAAUGUA